AUGAACUCUAUCAAUGACGGUCAACCGAUCCAUGAGCUCACUGCUCUGGAGCGCAUAGGGCCGAAGGGUUAUCUGCGGUAUAUCUUCCCUUUUCAGCUGAAAGGAGGAUACGAUAUCGAAGAAGUUGCUCAGAUGCUGCGUUCGGGGUAUAUAGCCCUUACACAGCGGAUGCCCGAGGUUGCUUGCGAGGCAGUCCCUAACCCCGACUCGAAACAGAAAGGUGUGGUGAAGCUCCAGAGACAGGAUGACGAAGACGCUUUCAGAAUAGUAGUCAAGGACUUGCGCCAAUCUUUCCCGUCAACAUUCGCAGAAUUAAAGUCGAAACACUUCCCCGUCUCCUCGUUCGAUGCCGAUACCUUUUGUCGCCGGUCGGUAUGGCCUUCAGCUGGAGAACGCCUCCCAAUUUCCCUCGUGCAAGCUAACUUCAUUAAUGGAGGACUGAUUCUGAGUUGGUGCAUAUUACACAUGGUGGGCGAUGGUACCUCAUUCUAUACAUGGACAAAGAUCUGGGCGGAGGGAUGUCGUCGCUCGCAGGGACUCCAUAUCCCAGACCCUAUUCAAUUUUCAGAAGCCAUCUGGAAAGACCGAGACCAGGUGACAAGACCUUCCGGAAGGAAUGCAGGCAACAUUGAAGACCACCCGGAGUACACGCUUCUCCCUUUUACACCUCCAGGCGCACCGCCCAAGAUGCUCUCGACCAAGCACCGUGGCCAGAUCUUUUACUUCUCGCCGGAGUCCUUGCAAGCACUUAAAGCCGAAGCUUCUCCAUCCAAUACUAUGGAGGAAACGGGUCAAAUGUGGAUAUCAACAAAUGAUGCGCUCUCGGCGCUGCUGUGGCGUACGGUGAUGGCGGUACAAUCCCCUCUAGAUACUCUCGAGGGAGACCCGGUAUCAGUCUUCAAUGUCGCCAUUGACGGACGCCAACGUACCGAUCCCAAGGUACACCCUGAUACUCUCGGCUGUUUCCUGGAGUAUGUUGCGGUCUCAGCCCCCAUCCGCAAGAUGCUCAGCACCCUGCAUUUAGCAGACCUGGCAAUCCUAAUCCGAAAGGCGAUUCUGCGGGCUGAUGACCAAUUCACGGAUGAUGUGGUCUCACUCGUUGACCAGCUUGAAGAUGUUGAUCGGCUGGCUCCUACGGCAUUUUUGGACUGUCCCGGUUUCAAUUGUGUUCAGACUUCGUGGCUUAACUUUAAGCUUUAUGGUCUUCAAUGGGGUCCUUUGUUUGGUGAUAGGAUUGAGGCUGUGAGGAUGCCCCAUGUCGGUGUUAUCAAUGGGCUUCAGGUCGUGCUUCCUGUAUUGCCGAAUGGGGGUAUGGAGAUUUUGGUUGGUGUGGAUGAGGGUUGCUUGGAUAGGUUACUGGUUGACCCUUUGUUUACUAAAUUUGGUGUCGCUCGGUAG